AAUACAUGGAAUAUUUGGUUUACCUAAAAUCCCUCACAUGUCAUCUUCAUUAACAACCGUCCGAUUGAAAACCGCUUUUAAUCACACGACAUAUAUUCAAUUCAACGUUUGGCCGCUGAGCUUAUUACGUUUUGAUACACACACCAACCCGUCUUUGUUUCUUCUUCCCUAGUCGCCGAACUGUGACUCACUCUGGUAUUGUUUGCAAAGUUAAUAUGGCUAACCAUGAAGGGUCAAAGAGUUUACCUCAUCCUAAGCUCAAUGAAAGAAUACUCUCUUCGAUGUCGCGGAGAACUGUUGCUGCUCACCCCUGGCAUGAUGUAGAGAUAGGGCCAGGAGCUCCAUCAGUUUUCAAUUGUGUGAUUGAAAUUGGCAAAGGCGGUAAGGUUAAGUAUGAGCUGGACAAGACAAGUGGACUUAUAAAGGUUGAUCGUGUUCUUUACUCAUCAGUUGUUUACCCACACAACUAUGGUUUUAUCCCACGAACCAUUUGUGAAGACAGCGAUCCUAUGGAUGUCCUGGUUCUGAUGCAGGAGCCUGUGCUACCUGGUACCUUCCUCCGUGCUCGUGCUAUUGGACUAAUGCCGAUGAUUGACCAGGGUGAGAAGGAUGACAAGAUCAUAGCAGUUUGUGCUGAUGACCCUGAAUUCCGCCAUUACACAGACAUCAAAGAGCUUCCUCCACAUCGGCUGGCUGAAAUAAGAAGAUUCUUUGAGGACUACAAGAAGAAUGAGAACAAAAAAGUUGAUGUUGACGAUUUUCUACCAGCUGAGGCUGCAAUUGACUCCAUCAAGUACUCCAUGGACCUCUAUGCUUCUUACAUAGUUGAAAGCUUAAGGAAGUGACUCUUUAGAAGUUGAAUAUAUAAUUUAAGUGAUCAUACAAAUGAGAGAAUAAAACUCCAAACACAAUGAUAUUUCUGUGUCAUUGUGUCGCGACACUUGUUCUGCUCCGCCUUUGGCACAAGAAUAACCAUUAGUAUCUAAACCUUCUUAUUUGAGGUUGCAGUUUUAUUGCUAUCGAAUAAUGAGCUCAUUUCUACUAUUAAAGCACUGAUUUAUAAAAGCCAUAAUUAUGUUCUUGUUUGUAUUGUUAUUAGAACAAAUAUAUUCUCGCAUUUUCCA